CCCCUCGGCCCCUUCCCUCCUCCUUCCCCACCCUCGGCACCCCUGCGCCCGGAGCGCUCCUCUGGGGGCGUCGCUCCUCCCCACCUCGGGCACCCUCACCUCCCCCCAGCGGCCUCCAGGGCGCCCCGCGUUUCUCUCUCCGAGCGCUCGCGGUUUCCCGUCGGUCUCUCCCGGUGCCCGUUGCUCACUCACACUCUUGGGUCUGGUUAGUCCAGACCUGCAGCUUGUCUUUGACUUCCCAAGUGGGAAACGUUUGCAAUUCCAAGGCAAGCCAAGAGCUAAGGUUUAGAACAAAGUCUGCCUUGGACCCUUUCAGAAGAUGACAGGAUUUUUAAAAAAAAAUAGUUGCGCCCCUCCCCCCCCGCCCCCGCCCCGUGCCUUGGAGAUAGUGAGAAUUGGAGCAGAGCACUGGGACUUCAGUUCACGCAUGGAAAGAGAUCUUUGUUAGUUGGGGGAAGGAGAACUUGCCUGAGCUUCGGGCCUUUGUUUUGUUUUUGUGAGAGGGACGUGUCUCCUAAAUGAAUGUUUGCUCCAGCGUUGCACCUCAAAUAAGUCACCUAAAUAUCCACGCCCUCUUUACCCACCCCCUCUUUACUCGUGUGACUAGAAUAGUUUUCAUUUUUCUUCUCAAGGGAAUGGCUAAACAGCUCCUAUCUGGGCGUUUGAUAGACUGUCAUUCAAGAAUGAGUGAAGUUGAGGUGCCUGUAAGCAACUCAGAAAUUGUUGUGGCCAUGCUUGGGGGAAAUAGAGCCCUGCACUCAGGUGAUGAGAGGAGACCUCAGAGGUGACCGAUCCAGGGCCUUUCUCCCUGCGCCACCCCAGCUCGUACCUCCAGUGGAACUUGGCUGGGCUUAUCAAGAGCUCCUUUCAUUCAUUGCAACUUCAUUUGUUAGAAAGCUUCUCUGUGUAUUUAGUAGGCAUUGUCUCCAACAUGUACCACUGGUCUGGCUUUUGUUAGGCCCGUUAAUAGUGUACAUGUGACAGCCUUUCAAGUAUAGGUGCUCCCCGACUUACGGUGGGGUCGCAUCCCAGUAAACACAUCGUUAAACCUGAAGUCGAACCGUCUGAAGUCGGAGACCAUCUGUAUUUGAAAAAAGUCCCUUUGCAUUGCUUGUAAGAGUUCUGGUUUUCAAGGUGAGAAAUCUGUUUGUGUGUUUGUUUGAUCAUUCUGCCCAAAGGAGAUGUGGCUUUGGGUCCUUUUCCCCACUCAUCUUCCACAGUGAAUUACUUUGUCCAUAUUACCCUAAAGAAGUGACAUCCAAGUUGGAAUGUGAUCUUCCGUAUGUCGCCUCCCAAAACCCCACUACCAUAGCUUCAUGCUUGUGUUGACACAGCCACAAUCACAACUCAGGUGUCAGUUCUGAGACCUUCCCAUGCCUGUCGCCACUCAGCAAGUGUUCUUCAUGUGCCCUGGCAGUUCGCAUUGUAAGGAGCAGCCAGGUUGUUAUGGACUGUUGCUAGUUACCACAGAGUAGUGAAUUAUAUUAAGGAUUAAUUACAGCAGACAAUGUGCACAGUAUCAUCGAGUGCAGCGUUCUAAAAAUGAUUCUACACUUUUACUUUGAAAAAUUGGAUUUGACCAGAUUGUAGAAUCUGGGUGAAAAUGAUAGGAUUUGGUUUGGCGAAGAGCUUUGUUGUCGGUGUUUUUGGUGACAUCAUGACUGAUCAUAUCGAUGGUUUUCAGUGCGAGGGAGUGUUAGAUUACCGGACAAAGAUGGUAAUAAAUAUCAGACCCCACAGCUAUUCACAUGGAUCCUACCAAUGGCAAUAGGUAUAGAUAGGGUUACCCCAUCGUCAAAAGGUUACCGGUGUGUUGUGUGGUAAAGAACGUUGCUGUCUUGAGUAUUUUUAAAAGCUGCAUUGGUGUGGUAUUAAAAACACAGGCCUUUUGCCAUACAGUCCUGGGUUUGAAUGCAGCCCCCUCCUCACAAACUGGCUAUGUGAUCAUGAACAAAUUAACCGGCCAGCUCCAAUUUGCUUCUUAAUGUUGUGAAGUGUAAAUGAGGCCAUGACUGGCAGGUGGUACCUGGAAAAAGGUGCUUGUUUUUACUAAAAAGCUGUCUGAACUUUCAAAUUAAGGCAGAGUUCAAAAUAAGUGAUAGUUACUUAGUGGAAAAUGAAACCUAUCCAACAUACAGUUUGAGGUUACCUUCUAGAGAUGUGGCAUUGAGACAAUGUUGGAACAUUAUAUACAGGCUUCUGGGUGAAGAGGUGGCUUUGACUGAGUACGGUAUGCGAUUUUCCAGCUCUUUUCCUAAAUAGACCCUUAAGCAUCCAAACACAUGAUUCCGCUUUUAACCACUGACCCAAAUUUUAAGAUGACUGUGGUAGGCUAGGGUGCAGCCUCAGAACUGAGUGGCUUAUCCAGGAUUAAAGUUGACCUCAUUAGGACUUAAUUCCAUCUAAGUCUAAGUCAGCUGGCUGUGGACUGUAAUCUAACAAGGGCUCCGAAACAAUUCAAAAAAUUCAAAAAGGGUGUGAAAAUUUAAUGACUGGACCAUCCUAUUGAUUUGCAAAACCUAAUAUUCAGCUCUGAAAUCUUGAGUGUGAAGAUUGAGUGUUCCACCAUAAAAAUAGAAGAGAAUUUGUGUUAAGCUAUACCCUUCACACUUUUUGUUCACUUGUAAGAAACUAUGUGAUUAUUUUCAUUCCUGGGAAAACCUCCCACCGCUGUCUCCAGUUGUGUACGUGGGUGUGUAUGAAAUCCGCCCCAGGCCCCUCGCCACCCCACAGUAUUUCUUUACGAUCCUCAUUCUACUGUUAGAAAUCCAGAGGAAUGUGAGGAGGAAAGCAAGUAUAAACUUCAUCAUAAUUAUAACAAGUUGUUAAAAAGGUUGUGUUCAUUUCAGAAAAUGUCUUCAUGAGGUCUGGUGGUCUUUUUCCCUGACAAUUUGUAUCUGGUGUUUUGUAAAGCAUUACCAUUUUAUGUGAAGUUAAAGCAGUUACUUUGAAAAAGUUACAUGGGUAUUGCCUAAGUGUAAUCUUGAACAUGGGCGGUGCUGUGAGUGCUGGUGAAGACAAUGAUGAGCUGAUAGAUAAUUUGAAAGAAGCACAGUAUAUCCGGACUGAACUGGUAGAGCAGGCUUUCAGAGCUAUCGAUCGUGCAGACUAUUAUCUUGAAGAAUUUAAAGAAAAUGCUUAUAAAGACUUGGCAUGGAAGCAUGGAAACAUUCACCUCUCAGCCCCGUGCAUCUACUCGGAGGUGAUGGAAGCCCUAGAUCUGCAGCCUGGACUCUCGUUUCUGAACCUGGGCAGUGGCACUGGGUAUCUCAGCUCCAUGGUGGGCCUCAUUCUAGGUCCUUUUGGUGUGAACCAUGGGGUGGAACUUCACUCAGAUGUGAUAGAGUAUGCAAAGCAGAAACUGGACUUCUUCAUCAGAACAAGUGAUAGUUUUGACAAGUUUGACUUCUGUGAACCUUCCUUUGUUACUGGGAAUUGCCUGGAGAUUUCUCCGGAUUGUUCUCAGUAUGAUCGUGUAUACUGUGGGGCUGGCGUGCAGAAAGAGCAUGAAGAGUACAUGAAGAAUCUUCUCAAAGUGGGAGGGAUCCUUGUCAUGCCACUGGAAGAGAAGUUGACUAAGAUAACACGCACAGGUCCUUCAGCUUGGGAAACCAAAAAGAUUCUUGCUGUUUCUUUUGCUCCUCUGAUCCAGCCCUGCCAUUCAGAGUCAGGAAAAUCAAGACUUGUCCAGUUACCACCAGUGGCAGUUCGCAGCCUCCAGGACUUGGCUCGCAUCGCCAUCCGGGGCACCAUUAAAAAGAUUAUUCAUCAGGAAACUGUGAGCAAAAACGGAAACGGGCUAAAGAACACCCCCAGGUUUAAACGAAGGAGAGUUCGCCGCCGUCGAAUGGAAACGAUUGUCUUUUUGGACAAAGAAGUCUUUGCCAGUCGGAUUUCCAACCCCUCAGAUGACAACAGCUGUGAAGACUUGGAAGAGGAACGGAGGGAAGAAGAAGAGAAGACCCCGCCGGAAACAAAGCCAGACCCCCCAGUGAACUUCCUACGCCAGAAGGUCCUGAGCCUCCCUCUGCCAGAUCCCCUGAAAUACUACUUGCUUUAUUACAGAGAAAAAUAAGUCUCCUGUUUGAAAGGGGGAAAUAGGAAGAGCAGAUUGCUGAGUGUGAAGUUCGUGCUGCCUGUGUGCUGUUGAAGGGUCACCUGGAGGCAGACGUUGUGGGGAAGGGAACGGCUGGGCUCAUCCACACCAUGGUUUUCUUCUUCUAGUUGCUGAUUGACCUCUAAAAUUCUAUUCAGUUGUAUGAUUUCUUUACAUAGUUCCACAAGACCUUCAUUGCAUAGAAGAUUGUUUUCCCAAAGUGGAGAGAAUCUUCAUAGAGAAAAAGAGAAGGCUGUUUCUUUUUCGGCUCUGACGAAACACUGAAGUCUGCCUAAGACUGUUCGAUGACCGUCCCUCAUGCAACAUGCACGGUACUCACUAAAAAUGAAAACUGAAGUGGAAACUAACCUGUGUUGCUUAUAAAGUGUGAAAGCACAAGCUUAUAAAUGUAUAAAAUCUUUUCUGGGUGUGACGCACCUGCGUCCAAGUUUGAAUUUUUAUGAUAUGUGCCACUUAAUUACUGGCACUGAGUAUCACUGAAUUUCUUAGUUUUCUAGUGGGGAAACAUUAUUGAGAAGCCCUCCCUUAUUUUAAGUAAGUUGAUUAAAUCUUAUGUGAGUUGCCAGUUGUAAUUUUUCAAAGGAAAAAUUUUGAUGGGGUGGAGGAAUGAAUUGCCAGAUAAUCUUUCUGGAAUUCCGGGAGAAUUCCAAGGAGGGUUUUUUUUUUUUUUUUUUUUUUUAAGGACAUCUUUUGAUACCUUUAAAAGAACCACUGUCAAGUAAUCCUUAAAAGAAUAUCUUGGAAAAGGAAACAGAUUUUUUCCUGUGUGUAAAGCAAUAAGUGAAGUUACAUUUGCCCUAACCCUAGGGAUGAUUCUUUACCCAGUUUUAAAGCCCAUCAUGGUAUUCUAAGGUGUUGACACCCUCCAUCCUCAGAGCAGGUCGAAAAUGUUAAAUAGACUGGGGACUCUAUGAUGGGCAGCCUGUGCUUUUUGACUUCAGUUUGCUAUUUUUCUGUGAUCACAUUAGUACUGAUUCAUAGAUUCUAUCUUUUAUAAUUCUGGAGAAAAAGAGAUUUGUUAGUUUUGUAAUUUUUUUGUAAGAGCAAAUGUAUGUAUUUUAGUAGCUCCAUUGCAUGAGAACAGUGUAACUCACACUGACUUGUGAUAUCAGCCUUCUCUGGGCCUUGUGUGUGGAGAGCUUUCUAUCUUACCAAGUGGUAGGGCUAAAAGAACAACAGCCUUUUUGGUAGUCACAUAGCAGAAUGAUCAGAGUUACAUUGCUUAUUCCAAAACAUUGGUUCUUUUUAAAACAUUUUUUUUUACCCAAAGAAAAGAAUAAUAGAAAUUACUAACAAUAAAUAUAAAUUCAGAGUGUUGAUAUAGGAUUCAGUAUCCAGAGUUUAUUUUUAAUCUUAAUCCUCAGCUUCUUGGGAGUUGCUGGGCUUCAGUGUCUCUGUGGUUUCACCAGCUUAGCUUGAGCUCUGGUUAUUUUGGAUCUUUUCUGCUUUUUUUAAGUAACUGAGUCAUUUUUACCACACAGUCCAGUUUGCAUGUAUAGCUAGGAAACAUGUAUUGCUCUAGAUUGGACAGUUUAAGUCAUUUUAAAGAAAGUUAGUUCAUAGUUGUUGCCUUUUAACUCAUAGUCAAGCUUCAGUCUUUCAAAGAGAAAUGUGUGAUUUUCAUUUACUUGCUGAUAUUUUGUAGUUUGGAGAUCCUUGUGGGCAUUAUUCUAACUGAUACGUAGACACUUACUUGGAAAUUUUUGGACAUUAUAUUAAAUGAGUGCUAUCUGUGAAAUUGGUUAUAUUAGGUGGCUUGACUAAUGUUUUUUCUAUAAUUGUAUAUGGACUGCAUUUUUAAAAAAACCGCAUUUGCCUUUAUGCUAGAUUGUAAAAAAUUAUAUUAGAAUGCAUAAGACAUGUUUUUCCUUCAUAUGCUAGACUUUUCCUAGCAUUUCGUAUUUCUGUGUUGUCAGUGUGUGAUUUUUAAACCGGAAUUUGGUUUAAAAAAAUCUGGUGGUAAUAUAUGUGAGAAAUACUUUGGUGUUUACCUUAUGAAAAUAAAGGAUUAUAAGUAAAGUUUCCUGCGCACCGUAUACCAGAAUUCAGUAUAAUACACUACUUUCUGUUUUCAAACAGAUAAAUCAUAAUAUAGUCUGUAUUGUCUGUAAGAUCUGUCUUGUAAACCACAUUCUUGACAACUAUUUGCUUUUGAGUAGUUUGUAUUUUAAUAUGUGACUUUCGUCUUGAAAAGUAGUAAAGCCAUAGACUUGUGCAAAACAAGUUUCAAGUUUAUAGAUAUUAAGUUUGUAAUGUGAGCAUCAAAUGUGUAUGUAAAAAUACUUUUUACCAGUCUGGAACUUGGGAAAAUCCAGGGAAUUUGAAACAUAGAUUUUAAUGAGCUGGUAAACACAAAUCAUGUCAAUAAAGGUAGUCAGGAUAUUUUAUCCUUAGCAUUGCUUCUGCA